CAGCCACAGGAGUACCGCACUGAGAAGCCAAAGCCAACCCUGAUGGCAAUUGCAGCUACAUGGUGGAAGCAGCAGAAAUUCGAGUUUCAGCAGCAGAAAUGGAAAGGGAAAUUGGAGUUUCAGAAAGAGUUUCAGAAAGGGGAGUUCGAGUUUCUGAAAGAGUUUCAGAGACGGAAAUUGGAGUUUGAGAAAGCGUUAUUGGAGUUUCAGAAAGGCGAGUUCGAGUUUCAGAAAGAGUUUCAGAGACGGAAAUUGGAGUUUGAGAAAGCGUUAUUGGAGUUUCAGAAAGAGUUUCAGAGACGGAAAUUGGAGUUUGAGAAAGGGAAAUUCGAGUUGAAGAAAGCGGGGCUGGAGUUGGAGGAUAAAAAAGAAGAAGAGGAGAGGAGGAGGAUAGAAACAGUCAUAAAAAAUGCUCAUACCAUUUUCGACAUGGAGAAGUUCUCUGACAGUGAAGCUGCUGACUUCAUCAAGCUUGUACUGGAUAAGUGGAGUCCUUUGCAUCAACUCCUGCAUGGCAAUACUGAUUUGCAUGCAAUCCGGUGGAGAUCGUUUCUGCCCAAACCGCUUGCAUUUGGAGGUCGAUAUGUGCUCGACACACUUAACCAAGAGGGAAUCAAAGGCUGGGACCGGAUCAGAAAAGAUGUUUGUGCAGACUAUAAGGGAAGAGGCUUUGAACAUUUACAAGUUUCAUAUGUGGAAGGAACGGAGCCUGACCAGCUUGGCGGGAAGAGCAUGUAUGCCUCUGAUGAGGCUCAGGCAAAUGUCGGAGUCGAACACUACGCUGCCUGUGGCCUUUGUUUUGCAGUGCUGUUGGAAAGUAUUUUUCGGGUCCUUGACAAAGACAAAGCUCUGCCUAGAAUUUCGGUCAAGGUUCUGGUUCCAGUUCAGACAUCAAACGGGAAGCGAAUUCCGCACGUAGAGGUUGAAGUUGAAAGGUCGAGUUCGAGGUGCAGGUUCCUAAUAGAGCUGAAGAGUCUGAAGCGGAAGGGUGAUGACAUUCAGGAGGAGACCAGGGCGAAGAGAAGCAGGGUGCCGUCUUCUGAUCAGAAAAGCGACGAAAGCGACGAAAGUGAGGAGAACAACAGCAUGAGCAAGAAAAAGCAGCGUAUUGUUCCCAGCGACGAUAGUCGGGAGCUUCUCAGCCCGCUUCUACAAACGGCUCGAGGCCAAAUUGGUGAAAUUCACAUGGCAAGGCAGUCUCACAACAGGGUUCAGAGCGGGUUUGUAUCCAGCGGCGUGCAUGUUAUAACCGUCCGGACUGACUCCACCAAAUCCGAAGAUCAUUUCAAAGCCAGCCGGGUACUGAAAAUCGUGGAGGGUAGCGACAUAAAGAUAGGAGAGGCCAGGAGUUUAGAUAUGGAUUCAAGGGGGGUCGAUCAAGUCCUCAAAGAGGUAGUUAUUGCUCUGAUCAAAGCCGGGUUCCUGCCACAGAGUCUGCUUCAAGGUGAUGCUAGUGGUGCUGCCGGGUUGAGAACAGAGAGAAUGGAAGUAAGUGUUGAUGAAGAGCAGCUAGUUCAACCGGUUAAGGCUGAGGCAGCUGAGAAAGAGCAUCGGUAUCUAUUCCCCGUGACAAUCCAUGGAUCGAGAUUGAAAGCCUGGAUUAAAGCAGCAACAGUAGAUGACCGGUACAAGCAGGUUCAGCGAGAGCUUUUAAUUCGUCAGUAUCUGUGUCCAGAGGACUCUGUGAAGGCGAGGGCAGUAGUCUGGAGGGGGGUUCCUGCGUUACUCUUGGAAGAUGCGGGGCACAAAAUCAACAGAGACACAAUGACGCCUGAAGACGUUUUCCAUAUGACAAAGGCCAUUUAUAUGGUACUUUCUCAUGUGUAUGGCGAGCAUGGGAUUUCGCACAACGAUGUUGCACCCCGCAACAUCUGCCGAGACGAAAAUGGACGUUACCGACUUAUUGACUGGGGAUUAGCCAGCCGGCUGCCCGAUAUUGAUCAUCCCACCAAUGUACCUGAUUGGCUUUAUUCAGGUACUUGCUUUUUUUCUGGAAGUCAAACUCCAGGAAUCCAUUCCGAUUUAGAAAGCCUUGUGUAUGUGGCACUGGACUGUCUGCAUGUACCAUUGCCAUGGGUAAAUGCGGCCAAUGGUUCCGAUGUUAUUAAGAUCCGCAGAAGAUUUCGGAGCAGCUUGAACUCCCCAGUGUUGAACGCCUUGUAUCUACCACUCCUCAAAGCAUGGUUAGAGCUGGAGAUCUGAAUACCCUAUGAUUAUAACAAAAACGUCUUAACUUGACUACUCACCUUUCUACAAAGAUGUCUUUCAACCCUGAACUAACAGUUGCAGCUCCUCUGAUGGCUGGUAAAUAGUAGGUAGCCCAAACUUUCAU